GCUGCGGAUUCGAUUUCGUCCAGGCAUCUCACGACUAAGGUGCCAGUGAUGUUUGUGCUUAUGGAGUUUUCGCAACAAUGCGAUUCUGCUGGUGUUCGAUGUCACUUGAAUUGGCGACCAAGGGACGCUAACCAGGAGGCAGAUCGCAUUACGAAGAACAACUUCUCUGACUUCAGUCUUGAGCACAGGGUGGAUGUCAGUUGGUCCGAGCUGGGCCUUUCAGUUCUGCCAUCCCUGCUUCGUUUUGCAAACUUUCAGAGUACACUUGAGGACUUUAAGUCGGCUUCGGCUGAUGUGGCCGCGACUUCAUCUCGGAUCCACUUUGUGAAAUCUCAAUGGGGAUGA